AAAAAAGAAUGGAGGGGAAAAAAAAAAAAAAAAAACCUCCCAAAGGAAGCUAGCGUUCAUGCUGGACAAUGGUACUAUAGUCAUACGAUAGUGAGCAUAUACCUAGGCUAUCUGUCUCUCAACUUGUAUGUACUUCUGUUCGAUCACCAUCCAGUGGGUCUUAAAUUCGCCGCGACUCACAAACCCUGGUCACGAAUGCAAGGGUCUGCGUGGCUACAUGGAUAUCAGAUUCCUUCGCCCGUUGCAGGAGUUUGGUGGAAAUUUGCGAUGCAUGGCGGUCGGCCUUUGGAUUGUCUAGGAUUUUGUUGGACGUAAGGGUGAUUCUGGACUUGGCUUUUCGACUGUUUUCCGAAUGCUCUUGUUGGUUUGGGCCUUUUUAAGGGUGUUUGUUUCUAACAAUAUGGGUAUAACAGUCAGCUCUUUUUUAAUUUCUUUUCCUUUUUCCUUUCUCUCUCUCUCUUUUUGCAUGUUUCUUCCAUAACGAAAGGACACGGGGUCUGAAAGAAAAGAAGAUAAAUAUAAAAAAUAAAAUUGACGUUGCACCACAUCUGACUCGAGCUCAAGCGGUUGUUUCACCAAUUAUUAGCCAUUAAUUGAGGAAUGGAGUUGUAGACUAGAUUUAGCCAAGUAGAUAUUUAUGCAGUAUUUGAUUUAUUGUGUUUCAUUUAUUUAUUCAUUUUAUUUCACUUUCAUCAGGUACGGAGUACAGUGCUUCCAGCAGGUACAUUAUAUGGGCUUGAUACUAAGUAUCUCCUACGACUGUCUUGCUGGCAUUUUAUCCCCUACAUUCCGUUCCACGAUUGUUAAAUUGUUUUCCGUGAGUUUUCCAUUCUAGAUCUUUC